AUGCCCAAGAUCAGGGCUGCUGUCGCCGACCGCACUCAAGUUGACCAUCCUAAUAUUGACCUAUCAACAGCAGAAAACUGGCUUCUAAGAGCCGAGUUGAUUGAUAUUUGCAAAGAGGCUAUUUUUCAACUCAUGACAACCAAGUAUUUCUCCUAUCCCAAUGGCUUCUCUGGUGACCCUACAAUGAUGCAGGCGCUGGCUAGCUUCAUCAACAAUCAGUUUCAACUAUAUCAACCAGUCGAUAUGUCACAAAUCGCCACCGCGCCUGGCGCAGCUAGUUGUUUGGACGCGUUGCUCGAUACAAUCUGCGACGUUGGUGAUGGAGUACUAGUCCCCACGCCAUAUUGGAACGGAUUCAACUUCCAAUUCCGGGUGAGGGCAUCAGUCACUCCAGUGCCAGUGAACUGUAGCAGCUUUGGCACAGCACUCUCAUCCGAACUCCUGCAGGGUCUUAAAAAGGCCAUUGACGAAUCUAAAUACCCAAUUCGCGCUCGUUAUGGCGAAUCCGAACAAUCCUUUUGGCCAGUAUUCUGCGAACAACACAACAUUCACUACAUCUCUGACGAGGUCUAUGCACUGAGCACGUUCGAAUCGCCGGAUUCAAAGGACCUCCCGCCUUUUGUUUCUGUGUUAUCCAUAGAUUUAGCGGCAGUGGGAUGCUCCCCGAGUCGCGUUCACGUUAUAUGGAGUAUCAGCAAAGACUUUGGCUCCAGCGGAAUUCGCUUGGGUUGUACAAUUUCUCAAUAUAAUCCAGAAAUCAUCGUCGGGCUUUCUCUGGCCUCCAACACACAGACAUCCUCUCUCGCCGCCAUAUUUGCCAGGAGCCUUUUAGCCUCCAACCAGAUUAGUGCCCUGAUCCAAUUAAACCAGAAACGACUGUCAAUUUCCUAUAGUCUUCUUACCUCUUGGCUCCGGAUGAACGAGUUCCAUUACAUUCCGUUCAAUGCUGGUAUUUUUGUUUUUGUGAAACUAUGCAAGCAAGCGCUUACCUGGAAUGAUGAGGCCGCCCUUGUUCAGACAUGUAAGGAGUAUGGAGUCCUCAUCAGUGCUGGGCGAAGUUAUCACCGUUUGGAGGCGGAAAAAGGUUGGGCUCGCAACACUUUUGCGGUCGAGCCUAAUGUGUUAUUAAAGGCACUUGGAAUGUUGGCAGUGGCGUUGGGCGUACGACCACCGGCAACUCACCUGACGUAG